AUGAGUUCCAGCUCUGAUGAUGUCCAUUGUCUGAUGGAAGAAAGCUCAUCCCGUUUUCACCUGAAACGAAGGAGGAUGUCCCGUCGCCUGCGUCAACCUGAACGUCGUAUAAAAGCCAAACGGCUGCACUACAACGGGAUGCAUCCCUCCUCUUCUGGUGAGCUCGAGCUACGAAUCUCUUCCUCAUGCACUUUUAUGCGAAAUUAA